AUGACAAAAAGUUUACAGGAAUCGGAGAUUCAGCUGCUGCAGGAUGCCAAACGUUUCUCGGUGAAGCUGGAAGAGCAGCAGCAGGAGCUUGAGAAAGCCGAGGAGUUUCCAGAAGGCGCCACCUCCGAGGUCUCCAAACUGAGGCAGCAGUACCUGAGAUACUUCAACGAGUACAACGCCAUUCAAGAGAGAGAGUUUGAAAUCCAGUAUAGGCUGACUAGUUUACUAGAAGACAAGAAAUUAAUUGAAAAGGACUAUCGCAGAAUUCCCAAAGCUUCUGAUGCGGACAAGAGAAUCAAAGCCUUGAGGGACAGUUGCGAAGACCUGCGUAAAGAAACGACGCAGAGAAGGCUAGAAAUCAAAAACCUGAAAGACGACCUGUUCAUAAGGCAUAAGCGUCUCACGAAGGAGCACAAAGAGCUGGAAGAACUGUUUCGAAAGCAAGAAGAACUAAAGGAUGAACUCGUCCGGCUCCAAGCUAUUCCUAUUCAGCUCGGAAAGGAUAUGGAAAAAAUAAGCCGCAGAAUGCAAGAUAUAGAGAAGAAGAAAAUCGUGCUUCGGGAAGAAGCGCAAGAACUUGUGGAUACAUCCAAAAAACUGGAGACCAAGUGCACAGAGACCACGAUGGAGAAAGAAGAUACGAUCAAAGAGGUUGAAGGGAAGAAAGCACUGCUCGAGAGCAAAGAGCGAGAAUUCAACACUCAGACAAAGGUGCAUGAGAUGAAUAAAGAGAACGAAGGCACCGCCAUUUCAGAGAGGGGCCAGUUAGAAAUGAGUUUUCGCAACGUGUCCAAUUUGAAACAGAAGCUGCACGAUAAUCUGAGCCGGAUGCAAAGGGAGAAGGAGAAGGACCUUCGAACCUUUAAAAAGAUGGAAAUGCAGCUUAAAAUCGCGCAGGAAAGCCUGAUACAAGUUCAGGCGCGUCACGAAAGAAUGCGCUUAGAGAUUGAUUCCAUCCCUAAAGAGGAUGGGGCAAUAUUAGAGAGGCGAAGGGAGCUUCAGAGAGAAGUGGAAAUAGCUAAGCGAAAUCUUACUCAAGAGAAAGCAUCCACCGAAUCCGAAGUGCGGCUUCUUGAGCAGUGCAUCGCUGAGGAAGAACAAGUCGUUGGGGCGCAGGAGCAUUACAGGGAAGAGUUGAAUAACUUGAUCCAUAUGACCCAGCUCAAGGCGGACGAGAGGGAACAAAAAUCGAAGGAUUUCUUGAAAGCUCAGAUGCGUCUGAACAACAUCAUUGCAGAAAUAAAAACGAAAAACUUUGAAAUCAGGGAGCAUACCAAGAAACAGAGAGAAAUCCAGAGACAGAUGAAAGAAUUUGCCAAACUGUACGACGUCGUGCGGCACGAGAGAAACAAGUUGGUGAGCCUUGUACACUGCGCUCGCCAGAAAACAAAUGAAAUGAAAGACAAAGUCAAAAUGCUGGAUAAUGAGAUGGAAAUCUUAAGGAACAAUGCCGUAAUUAAAGAGAGAAAACUGCAGAAAUAUCAGAUGAAGUAUUCCAACAACGUUGCGAUCAAGGACAGCAUUCAGAGCGAUGUCUGCAAGGUUUAUCAGACCGUCCAGGAAAUGAAGGAGAAACGGGAGCAGCAGCUGAUGGACGUCGAACGGCUGACCAACACGCUCACCCAGAUCGAGGAGGAAAUGGUCCAGUUGCGUAAGACAUACGAGAAGGCUGUCCAGCGGCGAAAUGAAAGUGGCGUUCAGCUCAUUGAGCGCGAAGAAGAAGUCUGCAUUUUUUACGAAAAAAUCAACAUUCAGGAAAUGAUGAGCCGAAACGGCGACAUCGAGAUCAAUGUGAUGGAUGAGAAGAUACGCUAUCUAAAAUUGAAGAUGAUCGAGAAAAAGAGGCAGAUUGAAUUGUCCGUCAAAAUGUUGCCCACCAAGAGGACGCUUGAUGCUGAUUUGGUGGUCCUCCAAAUUCAGUUGGAAAUUCAUCUGACUCGGAAAGAGGAAAGACUGCUGGAAAAGGAAUUUAUUUAUGAGCAAGUUUCCCGAAUGACGGAGAAAAUCAGCGUCAAGGCAGAAAACGGCAAGGAGGAGACAUUAAUCCUGGCUAAAAAGAUGAACCAUCUGCAGGAGAAAAUAAAGACCACCACCCAGAAGAUCAUGGCUCUCAUUGCGGAGCUGUCCAUGCAUCAGGCCUUCGCCAUUAAGCUGCAGCAGGAGAUGCGGGACAAAGAGCAGCUCAUCCUGUGCGUCGUCUCCCGACUGGCGAAAGGGCUUCCUCCCCCCAAAGAGAUCGAACAGGACUGGCUCCGGGUGCUGCGAGAUGAAAAAAUGCAUGAGCUGGCAAGCGAAGCCCGAGAAAGAACCAUGGAAGAAGAACAGGCUGCCCUGCCAACGGCCAUCCACACUACGGCGGAGCAGCGUCCCAACGCCUACAUUCCCGAUGACGAAAAUGUUCUCCCGCUACCGAGGCCUUACGGAGCACUGGCGCCGUUCAAACCGAGCGAGCCCAGUGCCAACAUGAGGCACAUCAGGAAGCCAAUUAUUCUUGUUACCUACAAAGAGUAG